AUGCUGUAUUUUGUUCUUUUCACUGCCCUUAUCGUCUCAGCCGGUUCCCACAAAAUCACCGUAAAAGGCAAGUUUCACUGCGGUAAAAGCUCGAAUGCUACCGUGUUCAUGGAACUGAGCGAAAAAGACGUCUUCGUUGAGGAUCUUCUCAAUUGGAAGCUAGUGAGCGCCAAUGGAGAAUUCGAAAUCCAUGGAGAAGACGAUGAAUAUUUCAGUAUUCAGCCUUAUCUGAGGAUUCGACACAACUGCAAUGAAGAACAAAUGGAACAGUUCUAUGAUUUUGGACGUCGUAAAGGCGAAGAAGUUGUGGACAUGGGCGAUAUUGAGCUCCAGCGCGAAUAUCAGUGA